AUGGGUCUUGUGUGUUGUUUCCCCUCUAGGUCCCUAUCCUGGGAGACUGACCUUCACUGCUGACUGGCCACAUCUCACUCAUGCCGCUUGGACUAGGCCGACGGAAGAAGGCCCCACCACUGGUGGAGAAUGAGGAAGCUGAGCCCCUCCGCGGUGGUCUGGGUGGGGUGGGGUUAGGCAGCGUUGGUGGCGUGGCAACACUUCAGCCUGGUCUUCCCCCUCCACCAGCAAGCCUCCGUCCUCGCCUGGUUUUCCACACCCAACUGGCCCAUGGAAGUCCUACAGGCCGGAUUGAGGGCUUUACAAAUGUCAAAGAACUGUACAGUAAAAUUGCUGAGGCCUUUAAAGUCUCACCAGCUGAGGUGAUGUUCUGCACCUUAAAUACUCACAAAGUGGACAUGGACAAGCUGUUGGGUGGCCAGAUUGGCCUGGAAGAUUUUAUCUUUGCCCACACAAAGGGCCAGAGAAAGGAGGUUGAAGUCUUCAAGUCUGAGGAAGCACUGGGCCUAACCAUCACGGACAAUGGUGCUGGCUAUGCUUUCAUCAAGAGAAUCAAGGAAGGGAGUGUUAUUGACCGCAUCCAAGUCAUCAAUGUGGGGGACAUGAUAGAGUCCAUCAAUGGCCAGAGUCUAAUCGGUUGCCGGCAUUAUGAAGUCGCCAAAAUGCUCAAGGAUCUGCCCAAAGGCCGCACUUUUACAUUGAAACUCACUGAGCCCCGCAAAGCUUUCGAUAUGAUCAGUCAGCGGUCUACAGCAGGCAAACACAAUGCAGGUGCUCAGCUUGGCACAGGGAGAGGAACGCUGCGACUUCGGGCCAAAGGACCAGCCACUGUGGAGGAACAGCCAUCUGCCUUCGAGGAAAAGGCCAUUGAGAAGGUCGAUGACCUUUUGGAGAGCUAUAUGGGCAUCCGUGACACAGAACUAGCUGCUACCAUGGUGGAGCUGGGCAAGGACAAGCGGAAUCCUGAUGAGUUUGCUGAGGCACUGGAUGAGCAACUGGGCGACUUUGCUUUCCCUGAUGAGUUUGUCUUUGAUGUCUGGGGAGCCAUUGGGGAUGCCAAGGUUGGGCGCUACUAGGACUCUGCGCUCUGCUGGACCCUGCGGGCAGGACCAUUGAGCAGGCCACUGGUGGGCCUGGCACACCACUCUUCCCUCCUCUUGAUGCAAGACCUCCUGCCUUUUCUCCAUAGGGGCUGGAGAAUAAGAGCAAUAAAUAACCCACAUCAGUUAUUACUAUAUAAUAUGAACUGGGACUGGAAUCUGCUGCUGUUUCCUGACACCUUGCCAUCCCUGAAGGGGGUGCAGGCUCCUUCAGCCCUGAGUACAGUCAGCUGAAUGUCUAUGUUGUCAGUUUCCUUAUCAGCACAGCUCUCAUGGUUCCCAGAGAUGGACUGCUAAACCCAAUUCUCAAUUUAUAUUGAAUUAGUGUGUAAUGUGGAUUUCUAAUCCUGAUAAAAAAUAUUCUGUGGAAUCUCAAAUCAUCCCAUGGGAGAUAUAGAUGGGGAAGGAGUUGGCUUGACUUCUGGCACACUGAAUAAGUGGGGCAGGUGGGCUCAACAAACAUGCUAGUCUUGCAUAUCAAUUCUUGAGAGAACUGAGUCCUAAGUGAGUACACUCCAUGGCUUUUCUUCCUGCAUAAGCAUCCUCUGCUAGCCCUCUAGUUCGUUUUGGUACGUGAUAUGUAUUAGAAAAUUUGUUCUCUCACUUUGGACUUAAUUCUCUAGUCAGGAUGAUUCUCCCUGUCUUCCCUUCUUCCUCAGUUUGCCUUUAGGAAGUGUCUUCAUUCUGCCUUUAGGGAGCAUCUCACUUAUUUCAUCUCCCUUUGACCCUUACAGCUUUCUUAGGCUUUGGACAUCAGAUAUCAUGAUUCUUUUCAAAAACUAGCAGUCAUUAAAAAAAAACACCUGAGGGUAAAAAUAUGCUUUUCUCUUUCCCAUAAAAGUGCUCCCCUCUUUUAUGUAUAAGAGCUGUGCAACUAAAUGUGAGAGUUUCCACUUGAAUUAUAGCUAUUGGACCCACUCUGUAACUGGCAGAGUUUGUGAGUACUUCAUCAUUUCCCUGUUCUGUCAUCAGCCACUGAACUGGGAUCAAUUUUGAUUAUUAUUCGCCAGUGUCCUUUGACCUGGAUAGGGCUGCAUGCCACAACACAGCCAACAGUUACACAUGGCAGGUUUGAACCAAGGCUUUGCACCCAGGCACAGCUGUUUUCCCUCAGUCUAGCUGUGUCUGGUUUUUCCUGCCAUCUAAAUGGUAUCCAACUCUUUCACUCUCCCAGACCCAGGCAUGGUUUCCAGUUACUACCCCCUCAACUGAAUUUAGGGGUUUCUAGCCUCAGGCAACUCAUGCUGUGUGGUGGUGCAAAGGCUGCUCCAUAUGAAUCUCAGGGGAUGAUCCAGAGCUCACCCUCUUAAACCAGUGGCAUUUCCCCCUCUGUAGCUUGUCCUUUCCCGAAUGGGUUUUAGGGAGUUGUUCUUCUCAAAGUGUUUUGCAUCAGGAUUUGGAGGCAUUUCCCAAGAGCAGAAGCAGCAGCAGCAGCAGCAGCAGGGAGGUUCUCUUACUGUCUAAAGUUGGGCUUGGUGUCCUUGUCAAUGCCUGUGUUAACUAAUCUGUCCCUAUUGUCAUACUGACCUACCUCCCAGUUAAUGUCUGUAAAUCUCUGUCUGUUAAAUUAUUUAUAUCCUCUCACUGACUGACCUGCACACACACUCCCAGACACUGAGCCUCUACCCUGGGCUGUGUCCCAGUACUGUAGUUCAGGCAGCAGCUGCUUACCCCUGGGAGCGGAGGGGGUCCAUUCACUCUUUCACUUUACAACUGUAGUUCACCUACUGUAUCUCUAAGACACUAAUCUAAGAGAGGAUGUGGAGCCUCGUUGCCCUCUGCAACCCAUGUUGCAAACCUCAGAAAGGGCCAGACUUUUGCCAAGCCUUGGCCACUUUCCUUCGUUUUGGCCCCGGAAGCCUUUGGGUAGGUUGGGUACCAUGUCCUCCUUGGGGAAUAUUUUUGUAUUCGACAUGUAAAGCAUCUUCAAGAUAAAAUAUAUUGACACUACUAA